UAAGUCCCCACACAAAUUCCUGCCCACAUUUCAGAGUAGGUCCCACUCCCACCUGUCACGCCCAUCCAGUUUUGGGGAGGACCGUGAACUCCGCAGCACAGGUCGGCCGGCAACACAGAGGCAACGCGAUGGUGGCUCGCCAGUUCGUGGUCCGGCAGGGCCCCGCCGCCGGUGGCGAGGGGGAGGCGGAGGAGCACGCGGUGGAGUACGACACGGAGCACGGAGUCGACGUCCUCCGCCUCCAGAUCUUCUCCCUCACCUCCGUCCCGCCCGACCUCCAGAAGGUUCGCCUUCCCCCCCGAACCCCAACUUUGCUCCGCUCCACCACUUCGCCGCGAUUGGGGCGCUGCUGCUGCUGCUUUUGCUCCCCCCCCUCCUUAUCUGAUCUGAUGCGGUGCGUGCGCUUGCAGAUCGUGGUGGAGGCGGAUGGGUCCGUGGUGGACGACGGCACCGACCUGGAGGUCGUCUCGGAGCGCCUGCGCCUCGUGCCCAUCGACGAAGAGGAGGUGGAGGGGGAAGCGGCGGCGGAGGCGGCCAUGGCUCAGGAGAAGUCCGACGAGGAGCUCGCGAGGAUGCUUCAGGCGGAAGAAGAGGCACUUCUCCUACAGCAGUACACUGUACGAAAUGAUGGUGGAGAGGUGUUCAGACAAAGAGUCGAGCCUUACAUGCACCAGGUCUUGAUGUAUGAAGAUCCAGUGCGACAAGAGGCAGCAAGGAAGACGGUUCCAAUAAAUGAGCUCGAGGAGAAGGCACUAGUUUCACUGGCCAAGGAAGGGAAUUUCAGUCCUUCAAAAGAUGAAGAGGAUCAAGCCUUUCUGUUGCAAUUGCUUUUCUGGUUUAAGCAAUCUUUCAGCUGGGUUAAUGCAGCACCUUGUGAAAGCUGUGGCCGUGAGACAUCCAGUGUUGGAAUGGGCACCCCACUUCCCUCUGAAAUCGAAUUUGGUGCUUCACGUGUUGAGAUUUAUAGGUGCAACCAUUGUUCUAGUAUCACCCGUUUCCCAAGGUACAAUGAUCCAUAUAAGCUUCUACAAACUAGGAAAGGCCGCUGUGGAGAAUGGGCCAAUUGCUUCACAUUCUACUGUCGAGCUUUUGGAUAUGAAGCUCGUUUGAUUCUGGAUUUCACUGAUCAUGUGUGGACGGAAUGUUUUUCAAACUUGUACGGGAGAUGGAUGCACCUAGAUCCAUGCGAAGGAGUCUAUGAUAAUCCCCUACUAUAUGAGAAAGGGUGGAACAAGAAGUUAAAUUAUGUUAUUGCGAUUUCAAAAGAUGGAGUUCGUGAUGUAACAAAACGCUACACCAGAAAGUGGCACGAGGUUCUCUCUAGGAGAACAUUUACCUCCGAAGAUACCAUUUCGACUAUUCUAGCAUCUAUAACAGGGAAGUAUCGCACUAACUUGUCAACCGAUGCUCUCUCAGUCAUACAAAACCGUGAAAAGGAGGAGUCGGAGGAACUUAGUAAAUCUGCUUAUCUUCAAUUUGAAACUACUUUAUCUUUACCUGGAAGGCUAAGUGGUUCUGUGGAAUGGAGAAAAGCGAGGUCAGAGUUGGGCCAAGCAGACUCACUCAGUUGCUCAUCCUGCCCUGUUCGGAAAUGUGUGGAUGCUCAUGUUUCAGAAAUAUACAAUGCUCUUUCUGCUCUUCUUUCACAUUUUUAUGAUAGAGAAAUCCCUAAAGAAAGAAUUAUUGAAGUUUUUGAUGCAUGGAAGACCUUGAUGCUAAAUCUUAAAGAUGCCAACUUUAAGAGCAGAAGAGCUACAUUAGAAAAAACACACCAGCUAUUUGAAGAGAUAUUUCCUUCCAUUGAAAGACUGCUUUCUGCUAUUUCGUUGAAAGCAGAACUAGGAACUGAUGGACACCGAUCUGUGACUGUGGUUGGAAAUCCUAUACACUCAUCCUUAGCGUUACCAGUAGCAUUGGAUGCUGUUGAUGAGAUAUUGAGUAAUUAUAAGAAUAAUAUAUUUUGUACAGACGCCAACCAGUUCCCAAGAGGCAAUAGACUGUGCUCAGGUUCAGUCCUUGCAAGCAGGGAACAACUCCCUAUUGGAAUUGCAACAGCAGCUUUUGAUGGCAUUCAUUCAUCCAAAUGGGAAGAGCCUGAUGGAGCCAAAGGAUGUUGGCUGAUUUACAAAAUGCUUGAUGGCCAAACUUGCGAGUUGGAGUCAUAUGAUUUGAUGUCAGCUAACGAUGCUCCAGAGAGGGAUCCAAUGGACUGGGUUGUCGAAGGAAGUGCAGACGAAGGCUCUACCUGGAAUACAAUUGAUACUCGUAGUUCUGAAUUGUUUGAGAGCCGUUUCUGUAGGAAAACAUUUACAGUGGAUAAGAGAUAUAAAGCAAAUGCUUUCCGGUUUAGGUUUCUGCGUGUAAGAGAAUCCAAUGCCAAUCCAAGGUUUCAAAUAGGAUCCAUAGACCUCUACGGGGAAACCAUAUAGACUUUUCUGUAUUUGCGUUUGACUUCGAAAGUGUUCGAUUGGGAGCCUGUACAGCACAAGGCUGUAUGACAUCUGGAACCAGCAAUUACACUGUUUAUCGUAAGACUGUAACCUGAGGUUCUUGUAUUCUUGAAGAAGUAAAAAGGUCACUUGUUUUUCUGUUA